GUGUGUGUGUGUGUGUGUGCGUUGGUAUUCCUAUCUUUAUGGGGACAUUGAUCUGUAUACACAGUCACCUUAUGGGGACCAAAAACGUUAUGGGGACAAAAAUCUAGGUCCCCAUAAGGGAAACCAUUAAAACAUAUUGGGGAGACUGUAUAUAUGUGCCUUACAAAGUUUUAGCUUAGGCCCAUAACGAACGACCUCAUCGGAUCACACGGUUCACACGGAUUCUCUAUGUUGCCACCUGUAGUCAGGAACCGGAACUUUUUGGGGGUGGGGCUUGGCCGAGCCUUACACACAUUUUGCAAGCCUAAUUUAUGCAAAUCACGGUACCGCCCACUUAACGGAGGUGUUUGCGUGAUUUGCGCAUGUGCAAUAGCUUUGAGAGGUAAGAGCACCGUAAAGUUUUGUUCUAUUAAGCAAUUAUAAUACUUAUCUUUCGAGUAAAAUAAAUAAGAUUAAAUAAACAAUAAAUGUAGGUGUGUAAAAAAGUGGCUGCUAUGUUAAUAUUUUCAAAAAAUUGUUAAAAUGGUGAAACGAGAGCUGCGUUAUGGCGAAGUGUAGUUUUAUCUGACCAUUAAUGAGUUUUCAGCACCACGGGAAGUAGAAACAUAGACGAAAGGAAGAUUCUACUGCUUUUACACGACCAAAUACAGUGAAAGCAGUUUGAAAUGCCACCACGAAUCAGCCCACUUAAGGAUGCCAUUCAUUACGUUGUUUCAAAGACUGACAAAACAUGGAAAUUAGAUGUGAAGUACAUCAAUGCAGAGAAAGGCCGUGGUAUAUUUGCAAAGGGUUUGAUUUGCAAAGGAGAUUUUGUUGUUGAAUAUAGGGGAGAAAUGAUAAAUAAUGCGGAAUCCCAGAGAAGAAGAAAACUUUACCACCCAUCAUGUACUGCAUUUAUGUUUGCGUUCAAGUGGAGAGGGAAAAUGUAUUGUAUUGAUGCCUCUAAAGAAGAUGGAUCCUUUGGGCGGCUAGUUAAUGAUGACCACAGGCAUCCAAACUGUAGGAUGAAAAAAAUUGAUGUGAAUGGAAACCCGCACCUUUGUCUGUUUGCACUAAAUGACAUUAAUGAAGGAGAAGAGAUUUCCUAUGACUAUGGAGGUGACGACUGCCCAUGGAGAAAACAAGCGACCAGCAUUACAGCUAAUGCCAUGGGGCCGGACGACUCUCAACCUUCCCUCUUGUCAAAGACUCCGAUAUAUGAUGCUACUGGACCAAACAACACACCUCAACAGACGACCAGCAUUACAGCUAAUGCCAUGGGGCCGGACGACUCUCGACCUUCCCUCCUCUCAAAGACUCCGAUAUAUGAUGCUACUGAACCAAACAACACACCUCAACAGAUUUUGUCUUUUGCUAAUGCCAUGGGGCCGGACGACUCUCGACCUUCCCUCCUCUCAAAGACUCCGAUAUAUGAUGCUACUGGACCAAACAACACACCUCAACAGAUUUUGUCUUUUGCUAAUGCCAUGGGGCCGGACGACUCUCGACCUUCCCUCCUCUCAAAGACUCCGAUAUAUGAUGCUACUGGACCAAACAACACACCUCAACAGAUUUUGUCUUUUGCUAAUGCCAUGGGGCCGGACGACUCUCGACCUUCCCUCCUCUCAAAGACUCCGAUAUAUGAUGCUACUGGACCAAACAACACACCUCAACAGAUUUUGUCUUUUGCUAAUGCCAUGGGGCCGGACGACUCUCGACCUUCCCUCCUCUCAAAGACUCCGAUAUAUGAUGCUACUGGACCAAACAACACACCUCAACAGAUUUUGUCUUUUGCUAAUGCCAUGGGGCCGGACGACUCUCGACCUUCCCUCCUCUCAAAGACUCCGAUAUAUGAUGCUACUGGACCAAACAACACACCUCAACAGACGACCAGCAUUACAGCUAAUGCCAUGGGGUCGGACGACUCUCGACCUUCCCUCCUCUCAAAGACUCCGAUAUAUGAUGCUACUGAACCAAACAACACACCUCAACAGAUUGCCAAUGAAGAUGAGGUUUUUGUACCAAGACUCAGACGGACUAAAAGUAUUGAAAUGAAAGACGCUGUUCCUGACAAUUCUGAUGAACUUUAUGAUUCCACAUCAGGGAGUAAUGAUGAUUAUAUUCCAGAUACCACUUGUGAAAGUGACAGUGGAAGUGAAUACAGCUUUAAACAAAACCUAAGGACCAAGAAUCAGUCUUUUGAUUUGCUUGAUGUCUCUGGUUCAGUGAGUUCCCAAGUCUGUGACUCGACAACCCCAGACAAAAUGACUUAUGAUGACCACAACCUUGCAUCUGAAGUCACUGGAGCAGAAGAAGAAGAACCCUCUUCAAGUCAGAAUGUAAAUGACAUCAUGGUUGUUAAGGCAUUAAAAAAAAGAGGAGGGAAUAGAAUUUACAACAAGAAACACUAUUGCUUGUAUUGCUCUAAACCAUAUUCUAAGAUCGCAAGGCAUCUAGAAGGUGCACAUGAAAAUAAACCUGAUGUAGCUAAAGCUCUAAGCUUUCCAAAGGGUUCCAAGGAGAGGAAAAAACAGCUAGAUUAUAUUCGUAACAGAGGAAAUUAUGCUCACAAUGCUGCUGUAAUGGAGUCAGGAAAGGGGGAACUAGUGCCAUUUAGGCGACCUCAUAAAGAAGUGCAGGGAAAGGAAUUCAUGCACUGUGCAUAUUGUCAAGGUCUUUUUACAAGAAAGGUUCUUUGGCGGCAUAUGCAUAAUUGUAAACUUAAACCCGGAUCAGUCACCUCCAAACCAGGAAAGAACCGUGUUCAGUCCAUGUGUACAUACACAGGGCCUGUGCCUUCACACGUAAGUAAACAACUGUGGGGAGUAAUCGGUGCCAUGAAUCCUGACCCAGUCACAGAUAUAAUCAAAAAUGACCAAGUCAUUAUUGCUCUUGGACAGCACUUGUUAAACAAAGGUGGACCAUCACGCAAGAAUCAACAGUAUGUUCGAGAGAAGAUGAGAGAAAUCAGAAGGCUGAUUUACAAUGCCAGCAAAGUGACCACCUUAAAAAAAUUGGAAGAUUUCAUAAAUCCAAAGAACUACAUGGACACUGUCAAAGCUGUCAAGUUUACAUGUGGGUAUGACAGUGAAACAAACAAGUUCUUAAUUCCAUCACUGGCAAACAAACUUGGAAAUGCCUUGGUUAAAGUAAGUAAACUUUUAAAAGCUCAGGGUUUAAUCUCAAACAACAAAGAGCUUGUUGAGAAUGCCAGUAAGUUUCUAGAUGUCCAUCAGCAAAAGUGGAAUGAGAUGAUCUCAGCUACUGCAUUGAGGAACAUCAGUGAAGCAAAGUGGAAUGUGCCCACUCUCAUGCCCUUUACUGAAGAUGUCCAAAAAAUGCAUGCAUAUCUCAAUGAAAUGCAGGAUAACUGGUACAAAUCGCUCUAUGAAAAUCCCUCUGUAAAAGCCUGGAUUGAGCUUACAAAGGUGUGUAUGACCCAGAUCAUUCUCUUUAACCGGCGCAGGGAAGGAGAGGUGGCAAGCAUGCCCUUAUCUGCAUUUUUAUCGAGAGACACCUCUGAUCCACAUCAGGAUGUGGACUGGGCUCUGUCUGAAGUGGAAAGAAAACUUUACAGACACUUUACACGGAUUGUCACCAGGGGGAAACGUGGUCGCCCAGUUCCAAUUCUAUUGACUCCAAAAAUGCUGUGUGCGUUAGAACUCCUUGCUAAGCAGAGAGGGGCCUGUGGGGUACUAAAGGACAAUCAGUAUAUGUUUGCGAGACCAGAAGCUAUGACACAUUUCCGAGGUUCUGAUUGCAUCCGUGGAUUUGCCAAGGUGUGUGGUGCAAAAUGUCCUGAAUCACUGACAUCUACCAGACUGCGAAAGCAUGCUGCAACUCUUUCAACUGUGCUGAACAUGACAGACACAGAGAUGGACCAGCUGGCCACCUUUCUUGGACAUGACAUUAGAAUCCAUCGUGAGUUCUAUCGACUCCCUGAGAAAACCCUGCAACUUGCAAAGAUCAGCAAAGUUCUAAUGGCACUCGAGCAGGGAAGAUUAGCUGAGUUUCAUGGCAAGAACUUGGAUGAAAUUCAGAUAGAUCCAGAUGAAAAAGUUCUGGACAGUGAUGAGGAAGACUUCCAGGAGAAAUGUCAGGCAGAUUCAUCAAUUAUAGAUGAACCAUCAGCAGAGGAGAUACUUCCUCCUACCGAAAGGAAUGAAAUGCCGCCACCACCGUCCAAGAGACAUAAACCACUACCAUUAGAUGAUACAUCACCGUCAGUAGUCAGUACUGUGAGGCCUUCAUCCAAAGGUAAAGUGACCCAAAAGAAGAGACCCUGGCAGCAGACAGAGGUGCAGGCAGUGGAGAGGCACAUGAAUCGGUUCAUCAUAUCUGGUAUUGUGCCAGCAAAGAGCGAUUGCGAGAGGUGUUUAAGAGCGGAACCAGAAGCUCUUAAGCAAAGAAACUGGGAGAACUUGAAAUUCUAUGUGUAUAAUCGCAUCACGGCCUACAAAAGGGAAAUGCAACGUAAAUAGGGUUAAAGUUACGAAUUCUCUGGUAUGGCUUUUUGUUUCCGUUUGCCAGUGAUUUGGAAAGGUUCCUGUUUUAAAACUCAGUCAACAGGAAUUUAUUUGCUUUUAGAUUAGACAUUUGACUUCAUUUGGUGAGUUUGUGAAGUUGAAUUCCUAAAAAGUUGCAAAUUUUGUAGUUUAAAUUUAAGCUUAAUGUCAUGGCAGUUCUUGAC